GACGCCAACGAACUCGAUACCGGUAAGCCCUUUCCAUCAAAAUGACCCACGACGCCGUUUGGUUCUCUCGCCCCCGCAAGUUCGGAAAGGGUAGCCGUCAAUGCCGCCUUUGCGCUCACCAGGCUGGUCUCAUCCGCAAGUACGGCCUUGACCUCUGCCGUCAGUGCUUCCGUGAGAAGUCUGCCGCCAUCGGUUUCGUCAAGAACCGGUGAAGGCCGCCUUGUCAUUCCGUUUCGACCUUUUCCCUUUCGGCUCUCGCAUACAUCUCUGCUGCUCGCUCUGCCUCGCUACACAAAACUGGUCUCUUUGUAUGCACCACCUAUGAUAUGAUAUUGCAUGCAUGAACCUUCCACCCGAACAGCCGCUUGCGGUCUACGGAUCCUUCGCCAUUCACAAACUUUCCAUGGGUGUAUCAGGGCUGCGAGCCAGUAAGGCCAGAUAGUACGCCAUAUGGUCAAAUCGAAUGUCAUCGUAUAUUUCGUGCUAGGUCCCCUUGUUUCGAUGCUGGCUCCGAGAACCAGGACGCCCAUGCCACUAGACGCUCAAUAUGCACUUCA